ACAAAUCACAUCACCACCCUGACAUCAAAAUGGCCUCUGGAUACGGUUACAGCGGUGGACGCAGCAGAUGCUAUCCUUUCUGGCAAGAGUUCCACAAAUGCUACGCUCUGGCUGACAAACCCGAGGAGUGUGUUCUCCAGCGCGACGACUACCUUGAAUGUCUUCACCACAGCAAGGAGAUCCUCCGCACAAGGACUGUUCAGAAUGAGUAUUACAAGCAGAAAGAGAAGCGCGCCAAGGAAGCUGCUGCUUCGAAGAAGAAGGCCGAUUCCGCCACCGCCAGUAAUGUACCACGGCUGAACGUUGUGGAAGAAAAGGCUAAGGAGAAUGCCUCAGCAUAGGACAGAAAAUAGAAGAUUGAGCUAAUUAAAGAUGAAUAGCAGUGGAAUAUAUGAACAGA